UAGCUGGGGGCUUGAUUUUUUGUUCACACGCAUGAUGCUGCUUUGAAUUGUCUCCCUUGUCGGGUUUUGUUUUGAUGUACGUAGAUUUUGAUCGUUUUGUUGUAAUCAUUUAUUUGCCUUACAUAUUUAUCUGUUCUUUAAUGAUGUGGGGAAAUUAGAAUGUAUUUUUGAAGAUAAGGUGAGGGAUGGAAAAUGGAAUGUAGGAAGGCGCCUUAUACCAUGUCAGCAUAUUGAACACCCCCCCCCCCCAAGGAGUCCUGGGAACUGUAAUGUAUCCCUCACAGAUCUAUAAUUCCCAACACCUUUAGCAAACUACAAUUCCCAAGAUUUUUUUCUUUUGGGGGGGGGAUAUGUGCUUUAAAUGUAUGGCAUACACACAGCCUCAGUGCCUCUCUAUGCUGACUGUCAGAGGCUUUCCAUGGUUUCAGGCAGGGGGCAUUUCCAGCCUGACCUGGAGCUGCUAAGGAUUGAUCUACAACCCUUGCUCUAAAAAUAGAGUAAGAUCCUAGUCCUCAUGCUUCUGAAUAAAGAGCCGAUUUAAAUAGGGACAUAGGAAGUUGCCUUCUACUGAAUCAGACCAUGUAGCUCAUUAUUGCCUACCCUGACAGGCAGCAGUUCUUCAGGGUUUCAUUCUCUUUCACUGGAGAUGCUGCUGGGGAUUAGAUUUGGGACCUUCUGCAUGCAAAGCAGAUGCUCUACCACUGAGCUGCAACCCUCCCUUUGGCCAUUUGGUGACUGUGCAAGGGGCUGAGUCUCUAGCAUUUGAGCCAAGUGCCCUGUCAUCACCCUCAAGAGUUUUUGGGUAGCAAGACUAGACCUACUCCAUCUAAGAGAUCCUUGAGAGCUGAGCUGGUGAAAUAGACCACAAACUCCAUAAUGAAACUCCAUACAGAAAGUGUUCCGUGCAGAAGUUCCUUCCAUUACCCCAGCCUUUGCCACCCUGAUGCCCUCCAGGUGUUUUGGGUUGUGCUAAAGGGCACAGAAAUGUGGGGAGGGUGAAAGGAUUCAGACUGCUUUGGCAAGGGAGACCCUGUUGGCAGUCUCUUGGUCACUGAGGGCAGGGGCAGAAGCAGUCACUGAAACAGUGGAGAAUCAAACAGGAACAGUGAAUUUGACUCGGCCCAGAACCCCAGAACAGAGAGGGAAGAUUGUGCGUGUAUGACAGCCUAUGAUGGCUACCUACUCAGGGCAAAUGGGCUGCCAGACACCCACCCACCACAUGCAAGAACUAACAUUUGCCUUGCUAUGACUCAGUCAACAUUAAGGAAACCAGCCUUCGCCAACCUGGUGCUCUCCCGAUGUGUUAAACUACAGCCCCCAUCAGUCCCCCCUCCAGCCAACAUGGCUGUAUGAAGCUAAGGCUGAUGGGAGCAAAGUCUGAAGCUGGCAGAAGUUGUAGUCCACAAAGUUAAACUCGGCUAGGAGGCAUAUUCUAGAUUAAACUGGUUAGCUGCUUUAACCUCUAGGGCAGGCAUCCCCAAACUGCGGCCCUCCAGAUGUUUUGGCCUACAACUCCCAUGAUCCCUAGCUAACAGGACCAGUGGCCGGGGAAGAUGGGAAUUGUAGUCCAAAACAUCUGGAGGGCCGAAGUUUGGGGAUGCCUGCCCUAGGGAUUACAGCAACAACUUAUACUUGGGGUUGCCUCUGAAGACAGUUUGGAAACUUCAGUGGUGCAGAAUUCAGUGGCCAGGUUGCUGACUGAGGUAAGACAGUUGAAGCACAUAACGCCAAUCUCAGCCCGACUACACUGGCUGCCAAUUAGUUUCCAGGCCCAAUUAAAAGUGUUGGUUUUGAGCUAUAAAGCCUUAAAGGGCUCAGGACCCAAUACCUCAAGGCCUGCCUCUCCCCAUAUGAACCAACCGGGACCCUGUGAUCAUCAUCUGAGGCCCUUCUUUGUGUGCCUCUUCCGCAAGAGUUCUGGAGGGUGGCAGGCAUGAGAAUGGAGCCUUUUCUGCCUUUGUGGAAUGCCAUUCCCAGCGAUGCUUGCCUGGCACCUUCAUUAUGUGUUCUAAUAGAUCUUGUGGUGCUGAAUGUUUAGGCUAAGUAAAUAUUGGGGUUUAAUUAAAACUUGUAUGUUGUAACUGAGAUGUGCUGAAAGAGAGUCUCAUUGUGUAUUAUGCAAGGGGUUUGAGCUGUUUAAAUAAUGAUUAUGUGCAUCUUACACAUGGAUUUUAAUUACACAUAGAUAUUAAUCUGGCUGGGGAAACCCAGCCGGAUGGGUGGUGUAUAAAUAAAUAAAUUAUUGUUAUUAUUAUUAUUAUUUAUUAUAGAAAAAAACGCUCCCUUUCCCUUAUGGGGUACCCAAGAGCCCAUAUAGAGUCCUUCUGUAAGUUCUCUAUCAGCAGGAGAAAAUAACGGAGACCAACCAGAGAAGCAAAGCAGCUAGCGAUUGCGAUGGUGCGUCAGGGGAAGAACUGGAAGUCCAUGUGUAAGGGCCUCAUCCUGGGGACUCUCCUAACCAGCUUCAUGCUGCUGCUGUACUCCUACGCCGUCCCACCCUUACAAGUCAGCAUGACCGAGGUCCCAAUCCCCUACUCGUGCUCUUCCUACCCUUCCCAGGCUCGGCUGCCGGCUUUGGCCAACGGUAGCCACAAUCCACAGAAGUGCCACCCCAAGCUGGACAUCAUGUUCCUGAAGACCCACAAGACAGCCAGCAGCACCAUAAUCAACAUCCUCUUCCGCUUUGGGGAGAAGCACCGCCUGAAGUUCGCCUUUCCCAGCGGACGCAACGACUUCUACUACCCCUCCUUCUUUGAGCGGAGUCAAGUGCAGGACUACCAGCCUGGCAUGUGCUUCAACAUCAUCUGCAACCACAUGCGCUUCCAUUAUGAGGAGGUGCGCAAGCUGCUACCGGCCGACACCAUCUUCGUCACCGUGCUGCGGGACCCCGCCUACCUCUUUGAGUCCUCCUUCCACUAUUUCGGGCGCAUCAUUCCCGUGACCUGGAAGUUGUCGGACGACGAUAAGCUGGCCGAAUUCCUGCAGGACCCUUGGCGUUACUAUAAUCCCAAUGGAUUCGGUGCACAUUACCUCCAGAAUCUCCUCUUCUUCGACUUGGGCUAUGACAGUAGCAUGAAUGCCAACAGCCCUCUAGUUGAACAGUACAUCCGCGAAGUGGACGAGCGUUUCCACUUGGUCAUGCUGGUAGAGUACUUUGACGAGUCUUUGGUGCUUCUGAAGGACUUGCUCUGCUGGGAGCUGGAAGACAUCGUCUACUUCAAGCUCAACGCCCGGAAUGACUCCAGCGUCUCCAGGCUGACGGACGAGCUCUACCAGAAGGCCACGACCUGGAAUCUCAUAGACGCCAAACUCUACCGGCACUUCAACGCCACCUUCUGGCGCAAGGUGGAAGCCUAUGGGCGUGAGAGGAUGGCCAGGGACGUGGCCAGGCUUCAGGAAGAGAAUGAGAAGAUGAAGAACAUCUGCAUUGACGGGGGCCGCCCGGUGGAUGCCAGCGCCAUCCAGGAAUCCAGCAUGCAACCGUGGCAGCCGUUUGGCAAAAAGACCAUCCUGGGCUACAAUCUGAAAAAGAGGAUCCCCAAGAAGCACCGGAAGCUCUGCCGCAAGAUGCUGACGCCGGAGAUCCAGUACCUGACGGACCUGGGGGCCAACAUCUGGGUCACCAAGCUGUGGAGCUGGGUGCGCGAGUUCCUCAAGUGGUAGGAGGGCCGCACAAUCCCUGUUCCUGACAGCCAUGUGCCCCGUCCAAGAGAACAACCAGGUGCUUUCAUUUUGGUCCUCCCAACCACCCGCCCCCCCCCACCCACACUUCUUCUUUACCUUAGAUGGUCAGAUACGGCUCCUGCUUGCCACCAUCCAAUGCUUGAACUAGCCUCAGAAUGAAAAGGGACAGCAAGCUUGAACGGUUAAAAGGAGAGGAAUUGCCAAGGCCAAGGGAGGGCACCAUCUAAUCAUCCAUUUGGGGCCCAGGCUGUGCCAGGAGGGGGAUGUUGCGGCACAGGCAAGGGCUGAAGUAGAUGGGGCCCCGCCACCCCUGGGUGCCACACAGAGUCCAAGCACUUGAGCCAACCCCCCUGUUCCAGCUGAGAGCAGAGCAAGCAGCAGCAGCAGACAACGGCAUCAGGACACCUCUGCCAAUUUGCAGCAUUUUGCUAACUCUUUAGAGCUCUGGUUUUCUUCCUCUUGACUCUUGUUUCAAACUGCUGUGGACAGUGAUGGAUGAGCUGCCACCCCCCACCCACCCUGCUUCCUUCGUCCUCCUGGCCGGGAGAAACUUGGUUGUUUGUGCUUGUGUGGCUAUUCGCACAUGUAUGUGUUUGCAUGUAUUGACGGAUGCUCCUUUCUAAAGAAGGGAAGUCAACACACGUGUAAUUUGCUCACAUCUGCAGGGAUGGACAAAGGAUGUGCCGGAUGGGCAGCACAUUUCUGAACGUAUGCGCAAAGACACAAAUAUUGGACAUCUGUCUAUGGGGAUAUCUAUACAGCGGGCUUAAAACUAGUUAAAUCAGGGGUAGCCAACACCUUGCCCUCCAGAUGUGGUUGGGCUGCAAGUCCCAUCAUCUCUGACAGGGACAUUCUGAACCCAACAACAUCUGGAGAGCACCACAUUAAAUAGUAAUACCCCUGAGAAUCCAGGCCACUGUAAUUCUGUGAGAGGGAGGCAGAGCCCCUGGUCAGCAUCCUCACUGUAGUAGAGCUCCCAGGAUGGUCACCCGCAGCAGUUAAAUCAAUAGCCAACUGCUAUGCAUGUGUAGUGUAGAUAUUGUCCAUGCAGGGGAUUGAAACAUUACUGCGAACUGAAACAUUACUGCGAACACAUUAACUGUGAAUGAGUGUGUGUGUUUGUUUAUGUUAAUUGCACACGCAAGUUAAGCUCCAACACAAAGGUGGCGUUUCACCCCUCUGUGUUGUUGGCAGUGCACUCCUAAGACUGAAACAGCCCAGUGUCUUUUGCUCCGUGGGGGGGAUGAUCGAGUGUGUUCCUUUGUGCACUGAAAUCUGCCUCUGUUUCAGGAUUGCGCAAGCCACAAUGCGUGAGAGGCAACAAGAAACUGUUGUUUCUUGACUCACCUGGCAGCGAUAGACUGGACAGCAGCCUUUGCCCACCUGGGGCCCUCUCUAGAUGUUUGGCAACACAGCUCCCAUCAGCCCCAGCCAGACAGCAAGCAUUGCCUGGGGCUGAUGGGAGUUGUAGUGCAGAAAGAACAUCAGGAGGGCCCAGGGUAGGCAAAGGCUGCUGUAUGUACAUGAAAGCCAGGAUCGACACACUUCCUUUUCUUUUAGUUCUUUUAGUUUCAAGGGCACCGUCGACUUCCUCAAUCCUCUAUAGGUGGGGAAAGAUCAGCCACGUCCUUAGCAGAUCCCUCUUUUAAUCACAUUCUGGUGCUUACAAAUAGCUGCUUUGGAGGUAUACAAUAAAAUGCCCAGUAAAACUGGGACUCGGGUUUGCCAGCAAAGGCUGCUCUUGCCAUCUCUCUCUCUCUCUCUCUCUCUCUGUGUGUGUGUGUGUGUGUGUGUGUGUGUGUCACUUUUAGCAGUUAGCAAGAAGUGCGGUGGGUGUGGGUUGUAUUGUUUCUUUUAAAGCAGCUGAAGCAAUGGGGCUGUUUGGAAAAGGACAGAAGGCACCUCUAAGUACGUAGCCCAGCAAAUGGCAUGAGGGUUGAAAUGCUCCCCAUCCACUGCCACCACCAACCCUGGACAUUCAAACCACAAUAAGCAACAAAGAAAAAGGCUACAUUCCCACCAUACAUCUAAAGUGCUAUGAUACCACUUUAAACAGGCAUGGCUUUCCCCGGAUAAUUCUGGCAGCUGUAGUUUGUUGCAGGCCCUGUUAGGAGACCCCUAACAAUUCCCAGAGCUCUCUUUGAAGAGCGAUUUAUUGUUAAACCGUGCUGAGAACUGUGGCUCUGGAAUUGGGAUUAGGGGGGGUCUCCUAUCAACUCCCAGCACAAAGUACAGCUCCUAGAAUUCUUUGGGCGAAGCCGUGCCUGUUUAAAUUAGUAUCAUAAUGCUUUAAAUGUAUGGUGCAAAUGUGACCCAACCAAAAAGUGCCGCGUUGCCCUUUAAACCCUCAGCCUCACGUGAGCAAAGCCUCUUGGUGAACAUGAACUAUAGACCCUCUUGACGUAUAACUGGAAGACCUCAGGACUGCGCGCCACAUAUACAAAGCACGUUCAACAUUUAAAGCACAUGGCUUCUUCCUGCAAAGAAGUAGUUUCUCCCCUAUAGAGCUACAAUUCCCAGCGCCCUUAACAAACUACAGUUCCUAUGAUUCCUGGGGGGGGGAGCCGUGUGCUUUAAAUGUAUGGUGUGUGUGCCGUGUUAGUUAAUGGUCCUUGGGAGCCGAGUCUUUUCAGAAUGGGUGCUCAUCAACUCAGGUUGAAUUCUCCACCCUGGAAUACUACCUAGAGACAAACCCAAUUUGUGCCAAUGUACCUCUUUCUGUUAUUAUGUUAUUCUGUUACUUCGGCCCUCCAGAUGUUUUGGACUACAAUCCCCAUCUUCCCCGACCACUGGUCCUGUUAGCUAGGGAUCAUGGGAGUGUGUAGGCGAAAACAUCUGGAGGGCCGCAGUUUGGGGGUGCCUGCCCUAAAGAAUCCUGGGAACCAUAGUUUACCUAUAACGGAGCCAGUAUUCCCAGCACCCUGAACAAACUACUGUUUCCAGGAUUCUUCUGAGAAAGUGAUAUGAUUUCAAUGUAUGAUGUGUGGAUGUGACCCUUGUCAUCAUCACCCAGCAGAACCGUUUCCCAUACACCUCUGUGGGGGGUUGGUCCACAAGGUGCAGAAUGUCCCAUGUUGUCUUCCUCCAAACUUCCGCCGUCCCUGCCAGAGCUAAUGUCCUCGCUGGUUGGAGGGUCCUGGAGUUUCUCUCCUCAAAGAGGAGGUGUCGGCCCUGACAAGCAACGGGAUCUGAUGAGGACUAGUGUGCUUACAGGGAGGGCUCCACUCAGAAUGUGAUGCGGGAGAGGAAUGGUGGGAGGGAGGAGGCUUCCCAGUUGCUGCUUCUCACUGCAAAAAAACAAACAAAGCAAAAAAACCCAGGAGAGGCGUCUGCCUACACACCAAAUAUUUAAAGCACAUGGCUUCCCCCCAAAUAAUCCUGGGAGCUGUAGAUUACCCUUCGCAGUUCCCAGCACCCUUAACAACAUCCAGUUCACAGAAUCCUUUGGGAGAAGUCAUGUGCUUUAAAUGUGCACAAGUGAGCAUCUCCACCACAAGGAGUUGCUUAGGACCUGGGUGGUGCUAAAAGGCAACCAAAAUGUGGGGAGUGUACUCAGAAGGGUACAGCGAGGGAGAUCCUUUUGGGGCUCCCUUUCCCCAUGUAUGACUUCAGGGACAGCCAAGGUGGGGCCCUCCAAAAGCUGUUGAACUUCAGCUGCCAUCAACCCCUGCAGCUAGCAAUGGUUAGGGAUGAUGGGAGUUGUAGACCAAUAACUCAAGGGCACCCUGUUGGCUACUGCGGGUCCUACUGUGACUGAUAACAAUAAUUCAGAACAGCAUCACUUCCUGUCUGUUCCAUCACAGCUCUCUCUCUCUCUCUCUCUCUCUCUCUCUCUCUCUCUCUCUCUCUCUCUCUCUCUCUCUCUCUCUCUCUCUCUCUCUCUCUGUAUAUAUGCCUACAAACACACACCAUUAACUCAGUAUACAUGUCUAAUGUUCUCCACUUGUAAAGAUGAGAAAUGUUAAAAAUCACUAUAAUUUUGUAAAAUAAUUAUAAUGUAAGGCUGUUUAUAAUACAAAGGUCUUUGAGGUGUUCAGACUCUGGAUUCUUUU